GCGAAAGAAAGUUCGUGUGUUUCGUUUGCCUGCAGACCCUCGACGUCGGGAGGUGUGGCUGCGGAACAUGGGUUUAACAACUGCAGUUUCGUCUCGAGCAGUGGAUGUCAGGAUCUGCGAGGCACACUUUGACGGCUCACAGUUUGAAAGCAACCGGGCAGAUGGCAGAAAGAUGCUGAAGCCAACUGCAGUUCCAAACCUCCUUCCUCACUUGAUGUCUGUCAAGAGGGACACCGAGCAUCACACUGGCAGCUCAUCUACUUCACCUAGGGGAACUGCUGCAGGCCAUUCAUCUUGGACAGCUCCCACACUCCUUUCACCACAGGUAAGGCACAUUGAUCUGCAGAAUGUUUUGGUUUCAGGUGCCAGGGAGCACACACAAGACCAUGUCAGUGUCGAUUCUGAGGCUGCAAGCCUGCAUGUGCCAUCAGUUUCAUCAGAGCAACACACAUGUCAGGGUGAAUUGCUACCCCUUUCUGCGGACAUGCUGGGCACUGUGUGGAGUUCUGCAUACCAUCCGUGUCACGAAAUGGGUCUGAUAAGUGUGACCAAGGACCACGCCUAUGCUCGCAUCCUAUCUGGCAAAGGUGACCAGGCAGUCAGAAGUGUGGCAAGGCCAUCAGACACAGCAACACAGGGAGUGUCACAACAAGGACCGUCAUCUAGUUAUGAGGUGCAGGUGCCAACAGACACAGUGGCAACCCCAACUGAGUGGCCUCCCUCUUGUAGCAACCUGGACGAUGGGCCCUCAGAGUUCCCGCUUGGUGCACCAGGAAACUCCGAGGCUGCUUUCCGUUCUAUGGAGGUGCAGGUGCCAACAGAAACAGUGGCAACCCCAACUGAGUGGCCUCCCUCUUGUAGCAACCUGGACGAUUGGCCCUCAGAGUUCCCACUUGGUGCACCAGGAAACUCCGAGGCUGCUUUCCGUUCUAUGGAGGUGCAGGUGCCAACAGAUACAGUGGCAACCCCAACUGAGUGGCCUCCCUCUUGUAGCAACCUGGACGAUGGGCCCUCAGAGUUCCCGCUUGGUGCACCAGGAAACUCCGAGGCUGCUUUCCGUUCUAUGGAGGUGCAGGUGCCAACAGAUACAGUGGCAACCCCAACUGAGUGGCCUCCCUCUUGUAGCAACCUGGACGAUGGGCCCUCAGAGUUCCCGCUUGGUGCACCAGGAAACUCCAAGGCUGCUUUCCGUUCUAUGGAGGUGCAGGUGCCAACAGAAACAGUGGCAACCCCAACUGAGUGGCCUCCCUCUUGUAGCAACGCACUAACAUCCCAGGAAAGUGCACCAUCUCUGUCACAAGAAAGAUUCUCAGUAGGCAGCAAUCCAUUCACUCCUGAAGAAAGGGUGAAGCUUUUGAGACGUGUUGCACAUCUGGAGAAGUUGACGCGACAGUCAAGGAGAAGAUGCCGUACUCUGUCUCUGUCAAAGAAACGUCUUGAAAAGGGACUACAGGGUGUAUUCAGGAAGGACCAACUUGCUGCACUAUCUCGAUCAAGCAAUCGUGGGUGCAAGUGGUCUCAAGCUACGGUGAAGACAGGAUUGCAGCUUCAUUUCUCCUGUGGGACGUCUGGGUAUGAGACUAUUCUCAACCAGAAACUCCCAUUCCCCUCUGCCAGGACACUGAGACGUAGGGUACAAGGGAUCAAAUUUCAACCAGGAAUACUGCAUGAGGUGUUCCAGCUUCUCCAGGCAAAAGUGCCUGGCCUCAACGAACAAGAACGUUGCUGCCUCCUGAUGAUUGACGAAAUGUCCAUCCAACAACGAAUCGAAUAUGACUCUUCAACAAGCUCUGUUCGCGGUUACACCACACUUCCUGUGCCAGGUGCUGACUGCAACGUGCCUGCUUCACAUGGCCUUGUCUUCAUGGUGUGUGGCAUAUCAACCCGAUGGAAGCAAGUUGUUGCAUACCACUAUACAGGAGCUUCCUUCAGCGGCAUCGAUGCUGGAAAUUUCACUGCAUCAGUCAUUGAAAAGUGCUUUGACAUCGGCCUGAAGGUUCUUGCAAUAACAACAGAUAUGGCACCAGGAAACAGGUCAAUGUGGCAAUAUUUUGGUGUCGUCACAGGAAAGCACAGCCGUGUAGCCAAUGUUGCCAAACAUCCUUCAUUUGGCAACCACAUCAUCAGAGUGCUUACAGAUGUUCCACAUCUUGUGAAGAAUUUGUGCUCGCAUAUCGUUAGUGGACAACAGAUCAUAAUUGAUCCUGUAGACGUUGCGAAACAUGGUUUGGUUGGUAACACAGUGAGUAUAGAACCCAUCAAAAGACUUGUACAGCACCAAGUAGGAAGUACUUUCAAGCUAGCUCCUAACUUGAAGCCAGAGCUGUUAGAUCCGAACCACUUUGACAAAAUGAAGGUCUGCAAUGCGAUGUACAUCUUCAGCAACUCAACAGCAACAGCUCUUCGCACAAUGGUGAAAGAACAUGGCUGGGAGGAAACCGUACUAGUUACGGCAUGGUUUCUUCAGCAAGUGAACCACUGGUUUGACAUUAUUUGCAGCCGCCACCCAGUCAUGGCUCUGAGCAGACACAACCCUGUGAGACACGAAGAAGCUGUGGCUUCCCUGGAAACUUUCAUGGACAUGUUCUGUCGCAUGAAAAUUGGGAAUGGACAAUUCAAACCGUGUCAGGCAGGGGUUCGCCUCUCGACAACUUCAAUCCUGCAGCUGCAGCAGUACCUUCUUGAGGACCUCUCCUUUGAGUUCUUACUGACAUCAAGGUUUACACAGGAUAGCCUUGAAAACUUUUUUUCAACUGUACGUCUCAAGAACCCCACUCCAACGCCAAUGGAAUUCAAAAUGGCCUUGAAAAUCAUAAGCAUCAGUCAAUAUCUGAAAGUCGCAACUACAGGAUCAUACGAAGUAGAUGACGGUACAUACUUUUUGGCAGACUUUGACACCUCUGUUGUCAGCAACAACUUGGAUGUUGACAUAGACGUUGACAAUAUGACAUAUGGAAGGCCAAUUCUAACUGAAGUUGAAGAAAGCGCCUUUUACUACUAUGCAGGCUACAUUCUGUCUAGAGUCAUAAAGAACAAUAAGGUUUGUAGCCAGUGCACAAAUGCUGUAGUUGCAAAACCAAAUGAGAUUUCAAGGGUUCAACAGUUCACUCUGGAAAAAUCUUACGGAGUUGAUUCACUGACAUGCCCAUCAGCAGGUGCCUAUGAACUCCUCCUCCGCUGCGAAUCUGGCUUUAGGAGCAACAUCAAGCAAUAUAUGGACAAGGACAACAUCAUUUCUACUCUUUCUGGUGGUGGACGCAUUCUGCUAUGCAUGUGCUACUCUGUGUUUCAGUACUGCAUGGUGAUGGACGCACCUUGUUCAGCGCAAUCUACCAUGUUCCACACUGUCAGUAGUGAACACAUGUGCCAGUGUGCUCUACAGUGUGUGACGCCAUGGGCAGAGGAGGCAUGCCUUUGUGCCAUCAACCUUAGUCAGCAGUGCCUAACUAUUGCCAUUAGUCGAGCACUUGUGAACUACACAGCCUAG